GCCUAGCAGUCGGUAUCAGUUCCAAGAUGGCGGCGGCUGGAAGCGCUCAGAGAGUCCGGGAGCCGCGGGAUGAGGUGGCCGAGAACGCGAUCCACCGGGAGACCGUCCGCAAGGAGAACCGGAACCGGAAACUGGUCACCGAGUACGGGAUCAGCCCCCACACCAAGGUUCAUGUCGUAGCUGGGAAGCCCAUGUCGUGGCAUGACAAUCAGAGUGAAGUGGCUGAUGAGAACUUCUUAAGGAUUAUUCAUCAUGCUGCCCUAGAACCAACCAGGAAAUAUACCGAGCCGCAAACUACAAGCCAGGAGAUCGGCUGGAUCUCUCAACCACUGAUAGACACUGAUCGCACAGACAGAAGGCUACACCACUAUCGCCAGCACUCCGAGAUCACCACGUAUAUGGAGACAGCGUGGCGACUAAAGGAGCAGAGCGUUAAUCUGCAGUAAGAAAUGGUACAGAUAGCCAGCAGAACGAACAACACAAAACCUGUAGUAAAACGAUUUAAUAUGAAGUGGCAAUUCUAGAGCUGUCUGACAUUAUGAGAUCAUCUCAUUGCAUUAUUUACACAAGCAUUUUCCAGAAUGAAAUGAUUUGCAGUCAGUUUUACUUUACCUCGCAUGGCAGUGAUUACCAUUUAACCAAAACUACUGGAGUCAAUCACACAUAAAAAAAAUAAACACAGAACGUGAAAUUAUCCUAUAUUACUCUGAUUUCUUCCAGAAUCAAAACAUGUUAAACAAAAACCAAUGUAAUAAGAAUUAAAGUAUGC